UCUUGCAGUAUGUACCGCUUGCGGGCUCUGACGGCUGCCACCGUCGGGAUGGUGCAGUUGUCAAGACGGCAUCAUGCCGGUGCCUUCCGUUCCUAUCAGCGGCGUAGAGUGAUGCUGGCUGCCCUGGCGGGGGUGACGGGCAUCUCAGCCAGCGCUGGACUACUGUGGACAAGAGCAUAUGCAGAGGCGGGGUCUUCAGUCAAGCACGAGGAGCAGAUGGAGGAGGAGUCUUUGAAGGAUAUAGCGGAGGAGGCGGAGUCAGAUGGCGCUCUCGAGACGAGUAGCGGGGAGGAGGAAGACGAGGCAGGCACAGAAGGGAAGAAAAAGAAACCGAGAGUCGGCUUCCGUGACCGCAAGGUGAUGGAGUAUGAGAACCGGAUCAGAGCUUACUCCACCCCAGACAAGAUAUUUCGGUACUUUGCCACCCUGAAGAUCAUCAGUGAGCACGGAGACCCGGAGGUGUACAUGACACCACAGGACUUUGUGCGCUCCAUCACGCCCAAUGAGAAACAGCCAGAGAACCUUGGUCUGGAUCAGUUUGUGGUGAAACGCUAUGAUGGAAAGGACUUCUGGCAGACAGAGAAGAUCUCUCAGGACAGAGAGAAGUUUGCCGAUGAGGACAGCAUUUUCUACACAUUGGGGGAGUGUGGACUCAUCUCUUUCUCUGACUACAUCUUCCUCACAACUGUCCUUUCCACUCCUCAAAGGAACUUUGAAAUCGCCUUCAAGAUGUUUGACUUAAAUGGAGAUGGAGAGGUCGACCUUGAGGAGUUUGAGCAAGUUCAGAGUAUCAUCCGUUCUCAGACCAGUAUGGGCAUGAGACAUAGAGAUCGCUCCACCACAGGAAAUACUCUGAAAACAGGAGGCUGCAGUUCAGCCCUCACCACCUACUUUUUCGGGGCUGACCUGAAGGGCAAGCUCACCAUCGGCAGUUUCCUGGAGUUUCAGAGGAAAUUACAGCACGAUGUACUAAAGCUUGAGGUAUGGCACAGAAGUCGAGGAAGAUGGAGAAGUGUAGAUCACACAUGAGAGAUGACAGAAAAAUAAACUGAGGUUGAAAGUUGUCAGCUACUCUCACCAAUGGAAGCUCAGACUCGUGCAUUAAUUUACUACUGCAACCUCCCUUCCAGGACAGCAUGCGCUAUUCUGUGUGGAAUAACGAGGCAUUAAACCUAAUUUA